AUGAACCAACAUAUAAGUAAAGCUCUCAAAACUCUAAUCAAAUCUCUAUGCAUGUAAACUCUGUGCAAGAAAUUAAUUUUGAUGCCACUGACCCUUCGAAAUCCUCAAAAUGAAGUUCACUAAAGAUUUUAUAAGACUAAUAUUGUCUUGAGUUUAUAUAAUCAAGAUCAUUUGCAGGGACUUUCAAUUUUGUCAUUAUAACUUUAUAUUAAUUAAAAAAUGAAUGAUAUAUUGUAUAUCUAUGAUGAUGAGCAGAAUACUUAUAAACCAUUCAAUGUGUUAGGAUAGUUCGGUAAGGUGAGAUAAAUUUGUAAAGGGUUUUCCUUAAAUUCAUUUUAGAUACUUUCUGAAACAGGGUGCCUAUAUUAUAUCAGCUAUGAGCUUUCCUUUUAUUAACUACCAUUCAAGAAUGAAAAAAUUAAGUACAUCACAACAAACAAAAAUGUGACAUUAGCACUUUCAUAUUCUGGGUAGGUGUAUUCUUUUGGAGACGAUAAGAAUCAUUAUGGCACUCUUGGAAUUUCAAAGAUAUACUUUUUACCUAUUCCUAGUAGAAUUGCUACAGAUUUUAAAUAGGUGUCUCUUUCCACUCAUCUUGCAUGCGGUCUAGAUUAUUCAGGAAAAUUGUGGACAUGGGGACAAACACCAAUUGGAAAUUCAGAAAUACCAUAAAUUGUAAACAGCUUAUAGAUAAAAAUUAAUAAAAUUUGCGCUGGAAGGGAUUACAUUUUACUUAUUGAUGGAUCUUCAAACAUAUUUUUACUAUCGGAUUCUUUUAAAUAAAGUUUUUAUAGCAAUUAGAAAUGGGUGCUUUAAAAAUUCAGAUAAUUUACAAAUGAACACCUAGUUAUUUCUGAAAUUUUGCCUAACGAUCAAUAUUCAUUUUUGCUCACAAAUAAAAAUGAAAUAUAUCUAUUGGUAUUAAGUGAACUAUUAAUUAAAAAGCUGGAUAUUCGAUUAAAAAUUCAUAAUGUUACUUAAAAUGAUACACACUUAUUUUGUUUAACAGAAUUAUAACAAUUUAUAAAAAUAGAUAAAGCAAAUCUUUAUUAAAAUGAGUAAAUCGAAAUGAAGGCUCUUUAUGAAUAAAUACGAUAUGAUAAUGCAGAAAAAGCUAUGCAUUCUGCUAUUUUACCUCAAAAUAUUUUAAAAUUUACAUUAAACUCAAUUUAAGGCUUUGUUGUUGAUAAGUCACGUUUUCUUGAUGGGACAUAAAAAAAAGGAAUAUCAAGUUCAAUUCAAGUUUAUUAAUAAUAAUACUCAAUAUCUGAAGUACAUUAAUAAGAGACUUAAUUAAAACUCUCGAUUAUUAAUCAUUAAAUAAAUCACACUCCAAAUAAAAUUGCAAUACCCUUAUAAAAAUCUAGAAUAUAUUAUUCUCCUUAGCCAAUAGUUUUAAAAUCUCAUAAAUCAGCAAUGACACCCUUAAAGCAAUCUGCAGUUCUCCCAAAAUCAUAUUUAUCUCGUACUCCAAAUAUGCAGCAACCUUUAGCCCGUUCUUUUGUAAACUAUUCUGAAAGUAGAACAAAAUCCCCUGUUAAAAAAGCAAAUUUGAUGAGACUUUUAAUCUAGGACAUUCAAAUUACUAUCAAUUCUAUGUACAACUACCCGUAAAUUGCAUUUGAAUUUAGGGAAAGAGUAUACUCAAAUAGAAGCAACUCUGCAUAGGACAUAAAAUAAAUGAUAAAGGAGAUAAACCCCAGAGCUAAUAGUUAAGAAAAAGAAAAAAUUUAAGAAUUUAUUCAUAAAGAAAGAAGAUAUGAUUAAGAACUUAAUAAAUAAGUGGAGACAGUUAGAUCUUAACUAGAAGGUUUAAAACGAUAAUCGAAUUAAUCAGAGGAAGUAUUUGAGGAUGCAAUUUCUAAAAGAAGAUAAAGCAUUGCCGAUGAUUUAUCAGUUGGAGAAACUGGAACUCAAGAUAAAGAAAUCAAUUAUGGUUAAAGCAGAAUAGUAGGACAAAAAAAAUACUCUAAAAAUAUAUUGAAUGCCUCUCCUAUCCUAAAUUCUCCAGCAAUAUAAAAGUUUGAUGAAACUACAAAAUUCUUUGAAGAAGAAAUUUUAUUUAGAAAUAGACAGAAGUAGGAUAGAGUUUUAAUAAGAGAAGUAAUCAUUUUGGACUCCUCAACAUAUGUAAAUGAUGAAAAUUUAUAUACAGUAAGAGGCAAAGAUUAAAUUUUAAUUGCAAGUCGAGUUAUUAAUGGGAUAAUUGAUUAAAGCUGGGAACUAACAAGUAACAAUAAAUAUAAAAAAAUUAUUUCUGUAAACGAACCUAUUUAAUAUUUAGAAGAAGACAUAAAGAUUUUUUAGGGAAAUUGCAUUUUACGAAAAUAAAUAAGAAAAACACCAGAAAUUCUUACCAUGGGGGAAGGCAUUAAUGAAGAAUAAUAGAAUGGCGAUAUUGUUGAAAGCAGAAGACUUGUUGAGAACAAUGAAUCUCUAACUCAAAUGAAAGCAGAUGGCUGGUCCUUUUAAAACAUGCAAAGGCUGGAAAGAAAUCUUGGUAUUGAAUAAUUAUAAAUUCAUCAAAUGGAAUGCAGUUAAAAAACCAGAGAAAAAAAUGAUCCAUUUUAAAGUAUAUAAAAGCAGGUAGAGGUAAACAAAGAUUAAAGUGAAACUCUAGGAAAAUUUGUACAAGAAGAAAUAUUAAGACUUAAUAAGGAUACUGGCAAAUUAGAAAAAAUUUUAAUACGAAAACCAUACAUAGAAAAAGAAAAAGCCAAAGAGCUGGAUAAAGAGUAUAGCUAGAAAGGAGUAAAAGUACUUUCUAGAAAAAUAUUAGAUAAUUCUCCAUCUUAAAAAAUAAUGUUACAGGACGGAUGGUUAUUGACCUAAGAAGGAUUUUUAUAAAAAAAAUUAUCAGAAUCAGAGCCAGAUUAAUUUGUAGAAGAGGAGAUCAUAAUUUAUAAUUAGGUAACAAAAAAGUAGGAGAGAAAAUUAGUUAGAAGGCCAUUCUUUGAUGAUUAAUUGCAAGAGAUAAGUGAAGAAUUGGAUGAAGAUAGCAAUCUUGGUGUAAAAGUAGUUGCAAGAAGAAUUAUAGAAAAGAAUGAAAAAAGGUAAUAAGGUAAAGAAUGGCAGAAGAAUCCAGAGGGCAAUUAUGAAUUAUAAAUUUCUUAAGCAGAGUCAACAUAAUAUGUAGAAGAGGAAGUACUAAUAAAGGGUAAAAAUGGAAAUAUGAUUAGAAAAUUGGUAAGAAGGCCAAUUGAAUAAUGCAAGGGAAAGGUUGGGAAUAAUUUAAGAGAAAAAGAUAACAAUGGCAACUAUGUAUUGUCAAGGAAAAUUAUAGAUAGUAGGUUUUCUUUAUAAAAUUGGAAAAAAAAUGGUACAAUGUAUGAAAAAAUUAUUUCAUAAGAAGAACCUGAACAAUUUGUUGAAGAAGAACGUAAAUUAGUUAGACGACCUUAUGAAAAUGAAGAAGAAAUUGGAGAUUAAUUAAAUGAAUCAAUAGGCAAUAACUAAAAGGUAGUGUCUCGUCGAAUAGUUUAAAAUGACACCUCUUUAAGUGAAUGGAAGAAAAAUUAAAAAAAACCGGAUAUUCAAAAUGAACCAGCUAAAUUUAUUGAGGAGGAAGUUUUAGUAAUGAAUGAAGAAACAGGAAAGAUUGAAAGAAAAUUAGUCAGAAAAUAGUAUUAACCUGGUUAGAAUGUGGGAAAUAAUAUAUAAGAAACUGAUUAAAAUGGAAAUAAGAUUCUUGCAAGAAGAGUUAUUGAAAAUACGACUUCAACAUAGUAAGCUGAGAAGGAAGGAUGGAAAAACAAUUAAGGAUAUUUUGAGAAAACCUUAUCCAUUUAAGAACCAACUUAAUUUAUUGAAGAAGAAGAAAGGAAAAUUAUACGAAGACCUUUGGACGAUGAUGGGAAUAUAUAAGAAGGAGAAGAACUUUUGGAGGAUUUAGGUGAUGGUUGUUAUGUAGUUUCUAGAAAGAUAGUUGAUAACGAUUUGUCUCUAGCUUCUUCGAACUGGAGAAAAAAUAAUGAUGGAAAUUACGAAUAAUCUUUAGGAGUUGAACCUUCUCAAUAUAUUACUGAAGAAGUUUUAUAAUUUAACAAUAAAACAGGAAUGAUGGAAAGAAAAUUAGUGAGAAAGCCUUAUUUGGGAGGAAAGAUUCAAGAAGGCGAUUAGUUAAAUGAUGUGGAUAAGAAUGGAAAUAAAGUACUUUCACGUAAAAUAGAGUCCAAUCUUUAACCUAAAGCAACCAAACAAUAAUGGUAGAAUGUUGGGAAAUAAGAAGAGAUCAUUUUAAAUUCUGAAGAACCAGAAUAAUUUAUCGAGGAGGAAAUCAUUCAAAUCAACCCAAAGACAGGAAAAUUAGAGAGAAAAAUUAUCAGAAAACCACUGAAUAACGAAGAACUAGAUAAUUUGUAAUUUGGGUAGAAUUUAGAAGAAAAUUUAGGAAAUGGUAAAUAAAUAAUUUCAAGAAAAAUUGUCUAAAAUGAUUAAUCAAAUCAGGCUUUGAAAUAGCAAGGUUGGGUUAAAAAUAGUGAUGGAAAUAUGGAAAUUAGAUUUUAACCUGAACCUGUAAAAUAUGUGGAAGAAGAAAUAUUAGUUUAAGGUGAAGAUGGAAAUGUAUAAAGAAAACUAGUAAGAAGACCUUACUUACCUUAAGAUAACAAAUUAUAAACUGGAGCAGUUAUAGAGAAAGACUAAAAUGGAAAUAAAGUUGUCUCAAGAAAGAUUGUAUAAAAUAAUAAAGUAAUGGACUCAACCUGGGUUUAAUCGAAUAAUGGUUAUUUAGAAAAGGUAGUUUCAUAGUAAGAACCUGAAGCAUAUAUUGAAGAAGAGAUUAUCAUAAUAAAUCCCAAAACUUAGAAAUAAGAAAGGAAAUUAAUCAGAAGACCUUUGACUCAAUCAGACAUUGGCGAAAUAGGAGAAAAUUUACAAGAAGGUGAUGCUAAUAGAAAAGUAGUUGCAAGAAGGAUAAUUUCAAAUGAAUAAUCUUUGGAUUAAAUGAAAGAUUGGUAACAAAAAUAAGGUCAAAUGGAAAUAUAACUAGCAUAAAGUGAACCAACAAGAUAUGUCGAAGAAGAAGUACUUUGUUAUGGAGAAAAUGGAUUACAGAGAAAAUUAGUAAGGAGAACUUUGACAAAAGAAAAUUCAUAAAUGGGGAAUAAUUUAAAUGAAGUUGAUAAAGAUGGAAAUAGAAUUUUAUCUAGGAAAAUAGUCGAUAAUUCUUAAUCUAUUAGUUAAAUCCAAAAAGAUUGGCAAAAAAGAUAAAAUGGUACUCUUGAAAAAAUUAUUUCUUAAGAGGAACCUGAACAAUUUGUUGAAGAAGAAGUAAUAAUAAUCAAUCCAAAAACAGGCAAACAAGAACGUAAAUUAGUUAGACGACCUUAUGAAAAUGAAGAAGAAAUUGGAGAUUAAUUAAAUGAAUCAAUAGGCAAUAACUAAAAGGUAGUGUCUCGUCGAAUUGUUUAAAAUGACACCUCUUUAAGUGAAUGGAAGAAAAAUUAAAAAACCGGAUAGUUAGAAAAACUCAUAGUUCAAAAUGAACCAGCUAAAUUUAUUGAGGAGGAAGUUUUAGUAAUGAAUGAAGAAACUGGAAACAUGGAAAGAAAAUUAGUCAGAAAAUAGUAUUAACCUGGUUAGAAUGUAGGAAAUAAUAUAUAAGAAACUGAUUAAAAUGGAAAUAAGAUUCUUGCAAGAAGAGUUAUUGAAAAUACAACUUCAACAUAGUAAGCUGAGAAGGAAGGAUGGAAAAACAAUUAAGGAUAUUUUGAGAAAACCUUAUCCAUUUAAGAACCAACUUAAUUUAUUGAAGAAGAAGUUAUUAUCAUGAGAUAAGGAGGAAAGUAGGAAAGGAAAAUUAUAAGAAGACCUUUGGACGAUGAUGGGAAUAUAUAAGAAGGAGAAGAACUUUUGGAGGAUUUAGGUGAUGGUUGUUAUGUAGUUUCUAGAAAGAUAGUUGAUAACGAUUUGUCUCUAGCUUCUUCGAACUGGAGAAAAAAUAAUGAUGGAAAUUACGAAUAAUCUUUAGGAGUUGAACCUUCUCAAUAUAUUACUGAAGAAGUUUUAUAAUUUAACAAUAAAACAGGAAUGAUGGAAAGAAAAUUAGUGAGAAAGCCUUAUUUGGGAGGAAAGAUUCAAGAAGGCGAUUAGUUAAAUGAAGUGGAUAAGAAUGGAAAUAAAGUGCUUUCACGUAAAAUAGAGUCUAAUCUUUAACCUAAAGCAAACAAACAAUAAUGGUAGAAUGUUGGGAAAUAAGAAGAGAUCAUUUUAAAUUCUGAAGAACCAGAAUAAUUUAUCGAGGAAGAAAUCAUUCAAAUCAACCCAAAGACAGGAAAAUUAGAGAGAAAAAUUAUCAGAAAACCACUGAAUAACGAAGAACUAGAUAAUUUGUAAUUUGGGUAGAAUUUAGAAGAAAAUUUAGGAAAUGGUAAAUAAAUAAUUUCAAGAAAAAUUGUCUAAAAUGAUUAAUCAAAUCAGGCUUUGAAAUAGCAAGGUUGGGUUAAAAAUAGUGAUGGAAAUAUGGAAAUUAGAUUUUAACCUGAACCUGUAAAAUAUGUGGAAGAAGAAAUAUUAGUUUAAGGCGAAGAUGGAAAUGUAUAAAGAAAACUAGUAAGAAGACCUUACUUACCUUAAGAUAACAAAUUAUAAACUGGAGCAGUUAUAGAGAAAGACUAAAAUGGAAAUAAAGUUGUCUCAAGAAAGAUUGUAUAAAAUAAUAAAGUAAUGGACUCAACCUGGGUUUAAUCGAAUAAUGGUUAUUUAGAAAAGCAUAUAUUGAAGAAGAGAUUAUCAUAUAUAAAUCCCAAAACUUAGAAAUAAGAAAGGAAAUUAAUCAGAAGACCUUUGACUCAAUCAGACAUUGGCGAAAUAGGAGAAAAUUUACAAGAAGGUGAUGCUAAUAGAAAAGUAGUUGCAAGAAGGAUAAUUUCAAAUGAAUAAUCUUUGGAUUAAAUGAAAGAUUGGUAACAAAAAUAAGGACAAAUGGAAAUAUAACUAGCAUAAAGUGAACCAACAAGAUAUGUCGAAGAAGAAGUACUUUGUUAUGGAGAAAAUGGAUUACAGAGAAAAUUAGUAAGGAGACCUUUGACAAAAGAAAAUUCAUAAAUGGGGAAUAAUUUAAAUGAAGUUGAUAAAGAUGGAAAUAGAAUUUUAUCUAGGAAAAUAGUCGAUAAUUCUUAAUCUAUUAGUUAAAUCCAAAAAGAUUGGCAAAAAGGAUAAAAUGGUACUCUUGAAAAAAUUAUUUCAUAAGAGGAACCUGAACAAUUUGUUGAAGAAGAAAUAAUAAUAAUCAAUCCAAAAACAGGCAAACAAGAGCGUAAAUUAGUUAGAAGACCUUAUGAAAAUGAAGAAGAAAUUGGAGAUUAAUUAAAUGAAUCAAUAGGCAAUAACCAAAAGGUAGUGUCUCGUAGAAUUGUUUAAAAUGACACCUCUUUAAGUGAAUGGAAGAAAAAUUAAAAAACCGGAUAGUUAGAAAAACUCAUAGUUCAAAAUGAACCAGCUAAAUUUAUUGAGGAGGAAGUUUUAGUAAUGAAUGAAGAAACUGGAAACAUGGAAAGAAAAUUAGUCAGAAAAUAGUAUUAACCUGGUUAGAAUGUGGGAAAUAAUAUAUAAGAAACUGAUUAAAAUGGAAAUAAGAUUCUUGCAAGAAGAGUUAUUGAAAAUACGACUUCAACAUAGUAAGCUGAGAAGGAAGGAUGGAAAAACAAUUAAGGGUAUUUUGAGAAAACCUUAUCCAUUUAAGAACCAACUUAAUUUAUUGAAGAAGAAGUUAUUAUUAUGAGAUAAGGAGGAAAGUAGGAAAGGAAAAUUAUACGAAGACCUUUGGACGAUGAUGGGAAUAUAUAAGAAGGAGAAGAACUUUUGGAGGAUUUAGGUGAUGGUUGUUAUGUAGUUUCUAGAAAGAUAGUUGAUAACGAUUUGUCUCUAGCUUCUUCGAACUGGAGAAAAAAUAAUGAUGGAAAUUACGAAUAAUCUUUAGGAGUUGAACCUUCUCAAUAUAUUACUGAAGAAGUUUUAUAAUUUAACAAUAAAACAGGAAUGAUGGAAAGAAAAUUAGUGAGAAAGCCUUAUUUGGGAGGAAAGAUUCAAGAAGGCGAUUAGUUAAAUGAAGUGGAUAAGAAUGGAAAUAAAGUGCUUUCACGUAAAAUAGAGUCUAAUCUUUAACCUAAAGCAAACAAACAAUAAUGGUAGAAUGUUGGGAAAUAAGAAGAGAUCAUUUUAAAUUCUGAAGAACCAGAAUAAUUUAUCGAGGAGGAAAUCAUUCAAAUCAACCCAAAGACAGGAAAAUUAGAGAGAAAAAUUAUCAGAAAACCACUGAAUAACGAAGAACUAGAUAUUUUGUAAUUUGGGUAGAAUUUAGAAGAAAAUUUAGGAAAUGGUAAAUAAAUAAUUUCAAGAAAAAUUGUCUAAAAUGAUUAAUCAAAUCAGGCUUUGAAAUAGCAAGGUUGGGUUAAAAAUAGUGAUGGAAAUAUGGAAAUUAGAUUUUAAUCUGAACCUGUAAAAUAUGUGGAAGAAGAAAUAUUAGUUUAAGGCGAAGAUGGAAAUGUAUAAAGAAAACUAGUAAGAAGACCUUACUUACCUUAAGAUAACAAAUUAUAAACUGGAGCAGUUAUAGAGAAAGACUAAAAUGGAAAUAAAGUUGUCUCAAGAAAGAUUGUAUAAAAUAAUAAAGUAAUGGACUCAACCUGGGUUUAGUCGAAUAAUGGUUAUUUAGAAAAGGUAGUUUCAUAGUAAGAACCUGAAGCAUAUAUAGAAGAAGAGAUUAUCAUAAUAAAUCCCAAAACUUAGAAAUAAGAAAGGAAAUUAAUCCGAAGACCUUUGACUCAAUCAGACAUUGGCGAAAUAGGAGAAAACCUAUAAGAAGGUGAUGGUAAUAGAAAAGUAGUUGCAAGAAGGAUAAUUUCAAAUGAAUAAUCUUUGGAUUAAAUGAAAGAUUGGUAACAAAAAUAAGGUCAAAUGGAAAUAUAACUAGCAUAAAGUGAACCAACAAGAUAUGUCGAAGAAGAAGUACUUUGUUAUGGAGAAAAUGGAUUACAGAGAAAAUUAAAAAUUCAUAAAUGGGGAAUAAUUUAAAUGAAGUUGAUAAAGAUGGAAAUAGAAUUUUAUCGAGGAAAAUAGUCGAUAAUUCUUAAUCUAUUAGUUAAGUCCAAAUAGAUUGGCAAAAAGGAUAAAAUGGUACUCUUGAAAAAAUUAUUUCAUAAGAGGAACCUGAAUAAUUCUGUUGAAGAAGAAGUAAUAAUAAUCAAUCCAAAAACAGGCAAACAAGAGCGUAAAUUAGUAAGGAAACCAGUAUAUUAAAUUAACGAAUAAGUUAAUUAUGGAGAUUGUUUAAAUGAGUAAGGAAAGGAUGGUGAAAGAGUUAUUUCUAGAAGGAUUAUAUAAAAUUAAUUUUCAUCUGAUGAUUUAAACUAAUAAGGAUGGCAACAGAAAAAAGAUGGAAAUUUAGAGUAAAUAAUAUGUGAAACAGAACCAACUAAAUAUAUUGAAGAAGAAAUUUUAGUCAUGAAUCCAUAAACUUAACAACUUGAAAGAACAUUGAUAAGAAGGCCAUUGUCACCAAAUUCAUAAAAUUUAAAAACUGGAGACAAUCUAACUGAAAUCGAUAAGGAAGGGAAAUAAAUUUUAUCAAGAAAAAUAAUUGAUAAUAUAUCUUCAAUUAAAUAAUAAUAAAAAGAAGGAUGGAAGUUUGAAUAAGGCAGGCUUACUAGAUUAGUAAGCCUUUCUGAACCAAAAUAAUUCAUUGAAGAGGAAAUUUUAAUUGUCAACUAAAAUACUGGGAAACAAGAGAGAAAGUUAAUAAGAAAACCCUAUAUCGAGGAUAACAAAACCUAAUUUGGUGAUGAAAUAGAUGAAUAAUAAUAAGGCUAUAGAGUAGUUUCUAGAAAAAUUGUUUCAAACAAUAUCUCUUCAGAAACAAAAAAAAAAGAAGGAUGGAUAACUAACAAAGAAGGAUUGAUGGAAAAAGUGAUAGCUUCAUCUGAGCCUUCCAAAUAUAUUGAAGAAGAAAUUUUAAGUUUUAAUAAGGAAACAGGUUAACUAGAAAGAAAAUUUCUAAGAAGGUAAAUCUAAGACAAUCUUGUUAUGGGAGACUCAAUAUAAGAAGUAGAUCCUUUAGGAAAUACAAUUUUGUCAAGAAAAAUAGUUGACAAUAAUUCUACUACAGGAUGGAUUAAAUAAAAAAAUGGAACUUUAGUGAAGUAACUAUCAGUAUAGGAGCCAGAGUAGUAUAUAGAAGAAGAAGUGCUUUUAACUGACAAGGAUGGAUAAUAAAAGCUAAUUGUUGAAAGAAGACCCUUUAUAAAUGGUGAAAGCAAAAUUAAUAGAACUGAUGGAGGUUUUGUUUUAUCAAGAAAAGUUAUUUAAAAUAACUAAACCUUAACUGCUCUUAAAUAAGAAGGAUGGGUUAAAGAUGAUUAAGGAAUCCUAAAAAAAGUUGGAGAUUAAUCUACUGGCAAUUCAGCAUUAUCCAAAUAAUUAAUUAAUUAAGAUUCUUAAUAUUUUGAAGAAGAACAUUAAAUAUUAAAUCCUAAGACUAAUGAAAUGGAAAUAAUUUAAUUAAAGUUUCCUUACAAUGUAAAUAGAUAAAUUGGAAAAAGGUUAAAAGAAUAGGAUUCUGAUGGUAAUCAAAUAAUAAGUCGAAGGAUUGUUACUAAUCUUGAUUUAGAUUAUAACCCAUACUAAUUUGUAGAAGAAAUUGUGGAAGUAGCAAAUUAAAAAUCAGGUUAAACAGAAUUGUUUGCUAUUUAAAAAUAGGUUAACAUUACAGAAGUAUAGAUUGGAAAAAACUUAAAUGAAAAAUAACCUAAUGGUUUUAUUAUCAGAUAAAGAAAGAUAGAUAGUUUAUAAAGUUGGAAAAAGGUUACUGAUGCUCCAAAGGAAUAUUUUAAAUAGCAUGCAAACAUAAAUAUAAAGAGAUAAAUGUAUUAAAUUGAUGAGGACAGCUAGGAGUAAAGAGACUCAUAAUAUCGAUCUAAUGAAGAGUUGAAUAGCUAAGGUAUAAGGGUUCCGGAUUUUGAUGGAUCCAGAACAGAUAAGUUUCUUGCUAGUUCUAGUGAAAAAAGAAAGCAACAAUAAUUAAAGGCUAUAGAGGAAGAAAUUUUGAUAUUGAAUCCUUAAACAAAAAAGGUAGAGCGUCGCUUACAAAGAAAAACAAAUGAAGCAAAAUAAGAUCCAGAGAUUGGAGAUGAUUUAUAUGAGUAGGAAGAGGAUAUUAUAAUUUUAAGUAGACAACUUGCUGAGUCAAAUUCCCCAUCAGAUUUAAUGAAAAAAGGUUGGUGUGAAAAGAGCAGCAACAUUUGGCAAAGAAUUUUAAGCAAGAAUGAAUCUUUCUAAAUGAUUGAGGAGGUAGUAAAAGAAGGAAAAGGUAACAAAUAAAAAAUAAUAAUUACAAGAAAAAACUAUAAAGACGAAGAAUUACUCUUUGGAGAAGAUUUGAAGGAACAGCUCGGCUAAGAUCAAACUUUAGUUCGUAGAAUUAAAGUCUCUAAUCGAUCUUUGGCAUUUUAUAAAAAUUGUGAUUUUAGUAAAAAUAGAGAAGGAAAUUAUGUAAAAAUAAUAUAAUCAAAUGAUAACCCAAAUGUUUAAUUAAAAAUCCCAAAAUAUUAAGAACCAAAUCUUAAGAAAAGUAAAUCAAGCUCCUCAUAACUAUCACUAAUUUAAGCUAUAGAGUAAACAUAAAUAACUAAAUCUAAAUCUUUAAUGAAUGUUAACGAAUAAUAUAAUAAAAAUCAAGGAACAAAUAAAGCUUAACAAUAAUUACAUGAAUAAUUUAUGGAUGAUCAAGCAAUAAUUAAUAGAACAAAUAUUUCUGAUAUAUCUGAAACAGAUAAAAUGUUUUUAAAGUAAUUGGAAAGAAAGGAUCAUAGUAAAAAAUAAUCCCAAUAAGAUAUCCUGCGAAAUAGGGUUGGUUCUGACAAAAACAAUAGAAGUUCAUCCAGUCCUUUCUCAGACUAAGAUUACAAUAUGAGUUCUAACUUCGUUGUGGGCAUUAAAAUCAUAAAAAGACUUCUUUAAAAAAUGAUUUUAGUUAAUGCUAAAAUAGGGUUUGAUGAACUUUGCUAUAUAAAUUAAUAAUAUGAGAGAUUCUCAAAGGCAAUUCGAUUAAUAAAAAAAUUUGGAACGAGGUGUGGAUUAGCUUCUCUCAAUGAACAUAGGCUAAAAACCUUCAUAGAAUUCAAUGAGGAUGACAUCAUAAAAUAUAAUUAAAUGCUCACUGAGAAUAAAAUUCAAGCAAUGGAACAUAUUCCAGAAUAAGGUCAACAAGCUGAGCCUAUAGAAUUAAGUCCUGACGAAAAAGGAUCAAGGACAUUAGUUAAAUCUCAAUCAUAAAUAUUACCAAAAUAACUCAAUUUUAGAAACUCAUUCACUAGUACUCCAUAAAAAGAACAAUAACAAUUAUCUUAAAAUUAAAUCAAAUCUGGUUAACCAGUUAGAGCUACAUAAGCUCCAUCUACUUCCAUUAUUAUUUCUUCACUUCCUCAAUCUUAAUAAUUAGUUAGGGGAUCGAAUUCCCGUAGCUCAACCAUCAAAACUGUAGUUAGUCCUUAACCCUAAUAGAAAUAUGCUGCUUAACAAAAAUUUUCCUACCAAAGCGAUGAUAAAAAAAAAAGUGGUUAAAACACUAGCUAAAGCACUCAAAAGAGUAAUAGAUAAUAAGAAGUUCCUUCAGUUAAUUAAAGUUAAAAUGCAUCAUAAAGUUCUAUUUAAAAUUCAAGCAAUUAAUUAGCUGCCUAAAAAAAAGAAAUUAUAUCAUAAUAAUUUAAAAAAAUGGGAUCAUACUCUCAAAAAUCAAAAAAGUGA